UCAAAACCCAAAUCCCCUGCUCCCCUCCGCCGUCUCGGUCGAGCCAAACCAAAAACAUAGCCAUGGCGAUCGCCGCUCUCCGUCGAAUUCCCCUGUACCUAACGCGAUCCCCUCCCUCGAUCUCUCUCCUCUCCACUUCCAUCGCACGGCCGUGCUCCUCCAUCGCCCGCGCCGCCCCCUCCGCGUCCGCGAAGGUCGCCGACCGGAUCGUCAAGGUCUUCGCCAUCGAUCUCAACGGCAAGAAGCGCGAGGUCGUGGGGCUCUCCGGCCAGACCCUCCUCCGCGCCCUGAUGAACGCCGGACUCAUCGACCCAGACUCCCACCGGUUAGAGGAGAUCGACGCCUGCUCCGCCGAGUGCGAGGUCCACAUCGCGCAGGAGUGGCUCGACAAGCUCCCCCCGCCCUCGUACGAUGAGAAGUACCUGCUUACGAGGACCUCCAGGAACCGGGUCCUUAACAAGCAUGCGCGGCUCGGCUGCCAGGUCGUGCUCACGCCGGAGCUCCAAGCGGUGUUUGGUAUAAGUUGGAUAAUUAACUGGAAUCUGGGAAGACUGAUAUUGGAGAUUUAAUAUUUUUUUGGCCAUUGAAUUUCGUUAGCAGAAGAUUGAUUGAAAAGGUAUUUCAAAAGCAAAUAAAAUGGUAUGCUGCUUCAUCCUUCAUUGAGCUUUCUGCAGUUUAUUUGGUUCUUUGAAGAGAAAUGGUUGAUGUCCUACCUGCUUGUUGAGUUUGAUAAGCCAUUAAGAGAACUUUCAGGCUGCAGAAAACUUUGAUUACUUGACAUGAACUUUUGUAGGUUCAUAACCAAUUAGUUCAGUUCUUGCAUGAAGUGUUCAGGUAGUUGUAUUAAAGAAAAAGGAUCCCUGCAAGGUUAAAGGUGGAUUUAGGUCAUCUUGCAGUCUUUUUAGUUUAAUCAAGAAAAUACUGGAAGUUGUCCAGGAUAACAAACAUUACAUGCUGCAUGCUAGGCAGGAGGCAAAUAUGGUUCUUGCUGUUCAGGUAACUUGACCUUUCAUGUAUGCCUUUAUCAAGUCAUUAUUUGGAUGAGUCAUGAUUUGAUAAUAUAAAAUAAGAAUGAUGCUCAUGGCCUGGUAAAAUAUUUCAUUGAAAGUUUUGAAU